AUGAGUUAAAUUACAAAUCUAAGCUAGCAAACUUCAUCAUAAAUUGGAAGUUCUUCACAAAACUUUCAAUUCUAAAAUAAUCAAAGCAAGCUUUAAUAAGAAUUUUAGUAAAUGGAAACAUAAGUUAAGGAAAGUGAAGGGAAUUAUUACCCAUAACAAGAUUAGAGUAAUGGAGGUGGAAUUGAGAAAAAUAUUAUAUACGAAAGAAAACAAGAACAGGAAGGCAUGAAGUUUGGUUGUUCCACUGAAUAAAAUAGCUAAUCUAAAAGAUCAAAUGGAAAUAUUUAAUCGAUGAGAUAAGAUUCGGAGAUGGAGUAAGAUAGCACCUAAGGAAGUGAAAUGCAGACCCAAAGUCAAUAGCAGCAACAUGCUUAAUCAUCCUCGAGCUCUUAAUAAACGAGCUAUCAAACCCAAACAAUAGUAACAAAAACGAUAACAACAUUUCAUGAAGUCUAACAAUCUGGAGAUAACGGAUAAUCUGACGCUGUUGCUGAGUAUGAAAUGAUGAAUGGUUAAGGUGGAAUGGAGGGGGAAUCCUACGAGGAUGCAUAUGGAUUGUAUAAGUACGGUGGUUACAAUUUAUAAGCUGAUCAUGCUAAACUUGGUGGAGGAUUGAUGCUAAAUAAAUAUAAUUUUUCAGAUGCUUCCUUAAAGGAAAAACAAUUUAAUAGUUCAGCUGGUAAAGUUUAAUUGGCAUGUGAAGCUGCCAUGGCUGCUGCCUAAAGGAGAUAAGAUGAAGCAGCUGCUGCAGGUGGAGGAAUGGCAAGUUGGGAAUUAUAGAUGAAGGCCAUGGCAGAAUUAAAGGCUUAAUAUCAAUUAUCAGCCAAAAUUACAAUUAAAUAGAAAUCCUUUUUAAUGUAUGGGUAUGGAUUUAGAGGCAAAGAAGGAAAACCUUAAAAGUGUGAUGAUGAGGAAUUAAAUAAAUAAAAGUGUGAUGAUGAAGAAAUCAACAAAAAUAAAUGUGAUGAUGUUGAAUAGGAGAAACCAAAAUAGGAUUUGAAUUUCGCUGUUUGUGAAGCUGAAUGUAUAGAAAAACCUAAGAAAAAAUAACCAGAAGAUUUGACAAAUGCUCCAUGUGAUCCGGAUGAGUUUACAAAAAAAAAGAAACCUGAAGGACCAGAAGAACCAGAAGAGAAACCCUGUGAUCCAGAGGAAUUCACAAAAAAGAAGAAACCAUAAGAUCCAGAAGAUCCAGAGGAAAAACCUUGUGAUCCAGAAGAAUUCUCUAAAAAGAAAAAACCCUAGGAUCCAGAAGGGAUACCUUGUGAUGCAGAAGAAUUCACUAAAAAGAAGAAGCCUGAAAAUCCUGAAGAAAAACCAUGUGACCCAGAAGAAUUUACAAAAAAGAAGAAACCAACUUCAGAAUAAUAGAUAUAUUUCCCAUAAGAUUUAAGUAGAAGCAAGAACACUCCUCGAAUUUAAUCACCUGAUAGUUUUUUUAAACCUCGAAGUGAAAAUUUCAUACGAUUAAUGCCAAGAAGUCCAUAAUAAAUAGUUUAUCCCGUUAGUUCAGUAUAGAGUAUUAUUUUGCCAAAAUUCGUAACUUGUGAACCUGUUCAAGUUGCAAAAUAACCAAUUUUAACAUAAUGUUUAAGUGCUAGGCAGCCUCUCAUCAUCUAAGAAGAACCUGCACCUGUUAUUCUAUAAGGAGUAUAAUUUGGAACUCCAAAACCGUUAAGACCUAACGAAUCAUAUAUGGCUGUUUAACCUGUCUAAAAAUAACUAGUAGCAGCCCAACCCUAAGUUAUCUAGCCUAUCAUUUAAUAAUAAGUUGUGUAAGUAUAAGAAAUGUAACCAUUAUAAUAAUUUAUCAUGGUCCAACCUACUCAAAAGGCUGAAACCUAUUCACAAAAACACAUUUAAGUUUAAUAACCUCAUUUGAUUGGUCAACAUGUAUAAUUAGCAGCCUAAUAGCCACAAUAUACAACUACUUAGCCAGUUUAAAUAAUGACUUAAUAACCAAAUUUUGUCGUUGCUUAAUCUUAAUAAGUAACCUAAGUUGCCCAACCAAUAGUUGUAAUGUAGGGAAUACAGCAAGAGAUAAUCUCUUCGCCAACCAUGUAAUAAUAAUAAAUAUUCACAAAUGCUAAAUUCCCAUAAUAAGAUGGAUUAUCACCCAUUAGAUAAAAACAAAUAGUUCAAUAACCUUAAGUAGUUUUGCAACCAACAUAAUAAAAAUAAACGAUGCUAGUUUAAACUUAGCCAAUAUUAUAAUAAAGUGUUCCAAUGCAAUAAUCUGUUUUACAAAUACAACCAUAAUAAACUAUUUAGUAAGUCUAAUAAUUCCCAUAAGUUACAUCCCCUUUGAGACAAUAACCUUUGGUUUUAUAGCCUCAAUUACAAUAUACAACAUAACCAGUUGAGAUUUUGCAAAGCAGCUAAUCUCCAAUUGGUUAAAAAUAAUUCAAAUUUCAACCAUUCCUUCAUAAAGUAUGAGAAUUUAUAAUAAAUCACAUAUUUAUACAAAUAUAA